AUGGCGGCUUCGUCGUCCCGCACCGUCUCGCUGCUGCGCCAGUCGCGCACCGUCCUCUCCCUCCCGACACCCACCACCGCCAUCGGGCUCACAACGGCGCUCCCAAGAACGACGGCGACGACGGCAGCGGCAUCGACGUCGGCCAAGUCUUCCGCCCCGGCAGCUGCGACGACGGCACAAGGCGCUAGGCCCAACCUGCCUUCGCGCACCGCGCUGCCCCACUACCCCGUCGUCGUCGGCCCCACGCAGCUCAACCGGCUCCAGGAGCACUAUCGCAACACGCUCGCCUCGGACCUCCUCUACAUGACCUACGACCACACGCUCCAGACGCAGGACGCCUCGCCGCUCGCCGCAUCUGGCUCCUCGCACCCCUCCAUAGUCCCGCCCGCCGCCGACGCGACCGCCAACGCCCCCUCGGCAGAGGAAACCGACCGGCUGCGUCGGUGGGACCCGUCCGACCCCUACUCCAAGAUGCGCUCCGUCCGCCCGGCGCGCGGAAACCGGCGGCUGCAGCCCCUCACCAAGCCCAUGUCGGCCACGCACACACUGCGCGACCUGCCGCGGCUCGACAAGGUGGUCCUCACCUGCUUCUCCAAGGAGGCCAUCGCCAACAAGCAUGCCCUCGUGCCCCUCCUCGCCCAGAUGCGCGCCAUCACGGGCCUCGGCAUCGCCGGAUCCAACGCCGACCCCGCCCUCCUCCAGGCGGGAAAACCCGGCUCCAGCACCCCGGCCAACCGCGGCCACAUUGAAAUCAUCCGCGCCAAAUCCGGCGUCGCCUCGUUCAAGCUGCGUCCGGGCAUGCCCGUCGGCGUAAAGGCCGUGCUGCCCGGUCCCGUCGCCUACGACUUCCUCGAGAUCCUCACCACCUUUGUCCUGCCCCGCUUGAGGAGCUUCGGCGGCUUCCCCCUGCCCCCCUCGAGCCAGCCCUCGCUCAGCCCCGCCGCCACCAGCGGCGUCGUCAGCCUCGGCAUGCGCCCCGAGGCCAUGGCCCUCUUCCCGCAGAUCGAAGUCAACCUCGACCAGUACCCCGGAAGGGGCCUCGGCUUCCAGAUCGACUGCAUCACCAACCAGCGCGGCCGCAAGGCGACCGAAAAGGCCCGCCAGCUCCUCAGCGGCCUCGGAGUGCCCUUUGUGCGCAGGGGCGACCUCUAG